AUGAAUAUUUCUUCUCCUCCUCCUGCUACUGCCACACCUAGACUGUCUCUAACAGAUCAGCAACAUCUCGUAGACAAACUUGAAGUUUUUAAGAUUCAAGGUCGAGACAAACAUGGUCGAAAGGUUCUCCGCAUCGUCGGAAAGUUUUUUCCAGCUCGAAGCGUGAGCAACGAGGCUGUGAACAACUACUUGGAGGAGAAAAUAUUCCCAAGUUUAGGGGAAAGGCCCUUCUCAGUGGUGUAUUUGCACACGGAUGCGAAUCGCAGCGGCAACUUCCCUGGAAUUUCGACCCUACGAUCAAUCUACGACGCUAUUCCGAUCACCCUCAAGGACCGUCUCCAAGCUGUUUACUUUGUCCACCCGGGUUUGCAGGCCAGACUCUUCCUUGCCACCUUUGGUCGUCUCCUCUUCAAGUCAGGGUUGUACAAGAAGCUAAAGUAUGUGAAGAGGCUGGAAUUUUUGUGGGACCAGGUGCGGAGGAAUGAGGUGGAGAUUCCAGAGUUUGUGUACGAUCACGAUGCGGAGCUGGAGUACCGUCCGAUGAUGGACUAUGGGUUAGAGAGUGAUCAUCCGAGAUCGAGGGUCUACGUUGCACCUUGUACGUCUUCUACGUCCAUGAUGGACUCUCCUUUUGUGUACUCCAUGCGUUGUAUCGCAUAG